CUGUGUCUUGUCUCCUCAGUGACCAAACAAGUAGAAAUAGAAAAAGAUAUAGGUCUUGAGUCCCAAGAUAGUUUUCCAUCUUCUCUGCUAGAGUCCCAGAUCUGGUAGGCUUAGAAGAACUGGGGCUCUGACUUCUACUUUUAGGAUAUUUGUUUUUCACCAACAAAUUCUACCUCCUUAUCUCCUUCACACAGAUGAUCUCCAGACAUACAGGUUCUCUCUAUUACCAAAAUAGCCACAAACAUCUAGCAACUUGAAGCCCAUGAUAUGUUUAGGGCCUGAAAUUUGGAGUUGAAUGUGGGCCUUCUGUUUAGAGUCAUCUCUUCCAUAAUCUUCUCUUGUUGUCCAGGUAAUAUCUCUGAGGGUCUCUUGAAACCACUGAAAUGACAGGCUUAGAAGUUUCCUCUUGGCUUCUCUAGCUGGCUGAUCUUCCUCCAUUCCACCCACGGCUCCAGUCGGGCACAAGAGAUAAAAUGAAAAAGGGUAACUCCCAGCAGCUGGUCCAAGAGAUACUAGUGGGGAGGGAGCAAGAGAAAAGAAAUAUGUGGGGGCCUCACAGGAGGAGUGGAAGAAAACUAUACUAUUUAUAGAUUCUUAAACCAAUGAAAAUACCUCCAUCAUUUUCUCUCGGGACAGAUUCAGAGAGGAAGCACUGAGCAACAGUUCAAGACAGGCAUUUCCUGUGGUCGAGUGGAUAAGACCAGCCUGCAGCUAUGGAACAGGCCCUGGGGAUCAAGAACUGUGACUUCCAGGCAGCAAAAAACAAUGAGGAGCACUACACCAAGGCCAUCAGCUCCCGGCACCUCUUUGUGAGGAGAGGGAAGCCCUUCACCAUCAUCCUGCACUUCCAGGCUCCAGUCCACACAUUUCUGUCUACUCUGAAGAAGGUAGCCCUCAUUGCACAAACUGGAGAGCAGCCUUCCAAGGCCAAGAAGACCCAAGCCACAUUCCCAAUUUCCAGUAUGGGGGACCGGAAGUGGUGGAGUGCAGUGGUGGAAGACAGAGAUGCCCAUUCCUGGAACAUCUCUGUGACUACGCCCACAGAUGCUAUCAUUGGCCAUUACUCGCUCCUGCUGCAGGUCUUGGGCAAGAAGUCAUUUCCCCUGGGCCGGUUCACAGUGCUCUUUAACCCUUGGGCUCGAGAGGAUGCUGUGUUCCUGGAGAGGGAGUCUCAACGCACAGAGUAUGUGCUGAACCAGAACGGCCUCAUCUACUUGGGUACAGCUGACUGCAUCCAGGAGGAGCCUUGGGACUUUGGCCAGUUUGAGGUGGAUGUCAUCGACCUCAGUCUGCACUUACUGAGCAUGGACAAGCAGGUGGAGGAGUGGGGCAACCCUGUGCAUGUGGCCCACAUUUUGGGCGCCUCGCUGCGUGCUUUCAUGGAGGAGAGGGUCUUGCCCACCCCACAGACCCACACCAUCCAGGAAGCGGCCUUGCUGAACAAGCGCCGGGGCAGUGUGCCCAUCCUGCGGCAGUGGCUCACAGGCCAAGGGCGACCUGUGUACGACGGCCAGGCCUGGGUGUUCGCCGCAGUUGCUUGCACAGUGCUGCGGUGCCUGGGAAUCCCUGCUCGCGUCGUUACCACAUUCGCCUCAGCCCAGGGAACUGGCGGACGCUUGUUCGUAGAUGAGUACUACAAUGAGGAGGGCCUUCAGAAUGGAGAAGGCCAAAGAGGCAGAAUCUGGAUCUUCCAGACUUCCACAGAGUGCUGGAUGACCCGGCCUGCUUUGCCCCAAGGUUAUGAUGGAUGGCAGAUUCUGCACCCAAAUGCUCACAGUGGAGGUGGAGUCCUCGAGUCCUGUGAUCUGGUUCCUGUCAGAGCAGUCAAGGAGGGGAUACUAGGACUGACGCCUGCAGUAUCAGACCUCUUUGCUUCAGUAAAUGCCUCGUGUGUGGUCUGGAAGUGUUGUGAGGAUGACACACUGGAGCUAACCAACUCCAACACUAAGUAUGUUGGCAACAACAUCAGCACCAAGAGUGUGGGCAGUGACCGCUGUGAGGACAUCACUCAGAACUACAAGUAUCCUGAAGGAUCUUUUCAAGAAAAAGAAGUGCUGGAAAGAGUCCAGAAAGAGAGAAUGGAACAUGAAAAGGACAGUGGCAUCCAUCCUCCCAGGCUCAAGACUGCUGAGCCUCUAUACCUGUUCUUGGAAGCACCCAGCUCCCUAUGCCUGGGAGGGAAUGCCCAGUUCUCAGUGAUCCUGGUUAACCCCACUGAUGAGGAGAAGGCUGUGGAGCUGGCAAUUGGGGUGCAGGCAAUGUACUACAAUGGCAUCCUUGCUGCCAAGCUCUGGAAGAACAAGCUGUUCCUCACGCUUGGUGCCAACAUGGUUUAUGAAACCACCACCAACAGCCUGUCCUUCUCCUGUUUUGAGCAAAGCCCACCAGAGAACAGCUUCCUCAGACUCACCGCCAUAGCCACGGCAACGCAAUCUGAGUCCAGCCUCAGCUGCUUUGCUCAGGAAGACAUUGCCAUUUGUAGACCACGCCUAGUCAUUGAGAUGCCAGAAACAACAGAGCAAUAUCAACUUCUUAAGGCUUCAGUCAGCAUCCAUAACUUCCUAGAUGUUCCCAUGCAGGACUGUGUGAUCUCCAUUUUCGGAAGGGGGCUCAUUUACAGAGAGAAGAGAUACAGAUUAGCUUCAGUGUGGCCCAGAAAGACCUUGUACACCCAAUUCCAGUUCACACCGACACAGGUGGGACCCCAGAGGCUCACUGUGGAAAUGGACUGUGAUAUGUUCCAGAACCAAACCAACUACAGAAAUAUCACUGUGAAAGCCCCUGAACUUCCUGCUUAAACUUCCAUUAAGUAUCCCAUGAUUAAAGUCUGAUGUUGAUAACAUGAACUUGGCCCACUGGAGAAAUAUGAAAACUAUUAACUAUAUAGAGAAUAAGUACUGGAAGAAAAAAUAAAAGAACUGGACUCCUUUUGUA